AUGAUACUACACGCUACUGACGCGGAGUUCAGGACGAACUGCUUAGAUAUCACGACCAAGUACUGGUUCUUCUUCGGAUGGCUUGACGAAUUGAACGCUUACGACAACAUCACGCGCAUCACCAUGGAGGCGAUACGCAUCACGAUCGAGUACCCGGAAGACAUGCCGUGCGACGGCUUCUCCACGCUUUUGUUAAACUGCAUGCGUUUCACCCAGGUGUUCGCGGAACAUCCGAAAGCCGAGUGUCAGGCGGACAGGAUCCUGCGAGUCCUGCUGAACAAUAUGUACUUUGUCCUCCGGAGCACGAGGCUCACGCAACGGUGGAAGGCGUACGAUGUCCUCAUCAAGGAACUUGAGCUCGUCAUGACUUCGAAGACAAAGUUUUUGUUGGCGGUAAGGGUAGAGGCACGCGAAUAUAUUUUGAGAUAUGAGAAAUCAACAAAGUUCGAUACGGUCGGAGGCGACGAAUUGCGAAGUAAGCUCUCGAAAUUUAAUUUUCCUGGAAUAUCGUUGGAAGCGUACAAUUGUUACAUACGAAACGUUGUGAUGCUGAAACCAGUAUAACAUAAUAUAUCAAAAGACAGUAUAUUUGUAUAAUAUUAAUCUAUAAUA